AUGUUUAUUGGCGAUAGUAAAGGAUUAUCAAAAGAAAGAAUAUCAGAAAAAAUUGAUGGCACACUGGAACGUCUUGGAAUAAAACAGUUGGAUAUGUAUCUUUCACAUGAAAUGGAUGAAGAAACACCACUGGAAGAAACACUUAGUUGUUUUAAUGAAUUACAAAAAUAUGGAAAAAUACGUGCAUAUGGUGCAUCAAAUAUUACUUGUGAACAAUUAGAAAAAAGCAUAUCUAUUUGUGAUAAUCUUGGCUUAAAUAGAUAUGAAUGGGUACAAAAUUCAAUGUCAUUAUUAAACUAUCGUGAAGCAGAAAACAUGUUACAAAUGUGCUCUAAAUAUGGUCUAGGUUUUACUCCUUAUAGUCCAUUAGCUGGCGGAUGGUUAACAGGAAAAUAUCAAAAAAGUCUCAAUUAUGAACCUGGUUCUCGAAUGACACUACGACCUGAACCAUAUGAAAUUUAUGUUAAACAUCAAGAUAGUAUAUAUGAUGGUUUAAAUUCAAUGAGAAAAAUCAGUAAGGAACGGUUUGGUAAUAUAAGUGUUGCUGGUUUAAGUUUAGCUUGGUUACUUAGUGAUCCUCGAAUAACAGGAAUAAUUAUUGGACCUCGCAAACCAGAGCACUUAGAGCCGAUACGUGAAGCAUUAAAUACGAAUCUUAAUGAAACUGAUCGAGUAGACUUAGCUAAUUUAUUGCCAGUAUUGUAA